AAAAUGACGGAAUUAAACGAGAUUUACGAAACGGUUCAGGACCAAGAAGUUUAUCAGAAAAAUAAAAAACAUAUCGACGGCACUUAUAAUAGAUGCCUCACUAAUCUCCGAACUGUCGGCACUCCGGCCUUCCAAGCCGAGGAGGGGGGCCAAGGGGCAAUGGCGGGAGGAGGCACCAAAGAUAUUCCUAUAAUCGGUGGGGUAAUUCCCGGAAAUUUUCAAGGCGGAAUAAUGGGCGGCACUCAUAGUGGCAGCACUAGCGGAGAA